CCUCCGCGCCCCGUCUCUUCCCUCCGCUCCUCCCCGUCCCGUCUCUCCCUCCGCUCCGCCCCGUCCUGUCUCUCCCUCCGCUCCUCCCCGUCCUGCUCCUCCCCAUCCCGUCUCUCCCUCCGCGCCCCGUCUCUCCCUCCGCUCCUCCCCGUCCCGUCUCUCCCUCCGCUCCUCCCCGUCCCGUCUCUCCCUCCGCUCCUCCCCGUUCCGCUCCUCCCCGUCCCGUCUCUCCCUCCGCUCCUCCCCAUCCCGGUCCUCAUCGUCCCGUCUCUCCCUCCGCUCCUCCCCGUCACGUCUCUCCCUCCGCUCCUCCCCGUCCCGUCUCUCCCUCCGCUCCUCCCUGUCCCGUCUCUCCCUCCGCUCCUCUCUGUUCCGCUCCUCCCCGUCCCGUCUCUCCCUCCGCUCCUCCCCGUCCUGCUCCUCCCCAUCCCGUCUCUCCCUCCGCUCCUCCCCGUCCCGUCUCUCCCUCCGCUCCUCCCCGUCCCGUCUCUCCCUCCGCUCCUCCCCGUCCUGUCUCUCCCUCCGCUCCUCCCCGUCCUGCUCCUCCCUAUCCCGUCUCUCCCUCCGCGCCCCGUCUCUCCCUCCGCUCCUCCCCGUCCCGUCUCUCCCUCCGCUCCUCCCCGUCCCGUCUCUCCCUCCGCUCCUCCCCGUCCCGUCUCUCCCUCCGCUCCUCCCUGUUCCGCUCCUCCCCGUCCCGUCUCUCCCUCCGCUCCACCCCGUCCCGUUUCUCCCUCCGCUCCUCCCUGUCCCGUCUCUCCCUCCGCUCCUCCGCGCCCCGUCUCUCCCUCCGCUCCUCCCCGUCCCGUCUCUCCCUCCGCUCCUCCCCGUCCCGUCUCUCCCUCCGCUCCUCCCCGUCACGUCUCUCCCUCCGCUCCUCCCCGUCCCGUCUCUCCCUCCGCUCCUCCCCGUCCCGUCUCUCCCUCCGCUCCUCCCUGUUCCGCUCCUCCCCGUCCCGUCUCUCCCUCCGCUCCUCCCCAUCCCGGUCCUCAUUGUCCCAUCUCUCCCUCCGCUCCUCCCCGUCCUGUCUCUCCCUCCGCUCCUCCCCGUCCUGCUCCUCCCCAUCCCGUCUCUCCCUCCGCGCCCCGUCUCUCCCUCCGCUCCUCCCCGUCCCGUCUCUCCCUCCGCUCCUCCGCGCCCCGUCUCUCCCUCCGCUCCUCCCCAUCUCGUCUCUCCCUCCGCUCCUCCCUGCCCCGUCUCUCCCUCCGCUCCUCCGCAUCCCGUCUCUCCCUCCGCUCCUCCCCGUCUCGUCUCUCCCUCCGCUCCUCCCUGCCCCGUCUCUCCCUCCGCUCCUCCGCAUCCCGUCUCUCCCUCCGCUCCUCCCCGUCCCGUCUCUCCCUCCGCUCCUCCCCGUCCCGUCUCUCCCUCCGCUCCUCCCUGUUCCGCUCCUCCCCUUCCCGUCUCUCCCUCCGCUCCUCCCCAUCCCGGUCCUCAUUGUCCCGUCUCUCCCUCCGCUCCUCCCCGUCCUGUCUCUCCCUCCGCUCCUCCCCGUCCUGCUCCUCCCCAUCCCGUCUCUCCCUCCGCGCCCCGUCUCUCCCUCCGCUCCUCCCCGUCCCGUCUCUCCCUCCGCUCCUCCCCAUCUCGUCUCUCCCUCCGCUCCUCCCCGCCCCGUCUCUCCCUCCGCUCCUCCGCAUCCCGUCUCUCCCUCCGCUCCUCCCCGUCUCGUCUCUCCCUCCGCUCCUCCCUGCCCCGUCUCUCCCUCCGCUCCUCCCCAUCUCGCUCCUCAUCGCCCUGUCUCUCCCUCAUCACCCCCGUUCUCCCAUCACUUCCCUGCCCCGUCACUCCACCCAUCCCGCCCCCCAUCACUCCCCCCGCUCCUGUCACUCCCCCUGCUACCCCAGCCCUCACUUGAGUCUUUACUCUAACCCGGCCACCUGGGCUGUCUCUCCGAUUCCUGGGCUGGGAUGGGGUAGCGGAUAAUAGACUCUUACAGGAUGGGGUCCAGGAGGGGCAUUGGUGGGGCAUUAGUGCUGCGCCCAUCCUCCCUCCAUGCCAGCUGGUCUGCGUCGGUUGGGUGGUGAGGGGUGAUGUGAGCCAGUCAUCAUGGGCUCAUCCUGUGCGAGAUGGUAUUUGCUUUCUGCGGGGCUGGGUGAGGGAGGAUUAAUCUGCUCCUCACCCCUUCCUCCCCGCAUUUGACACGCUCACAGACACACUCGCUCGCAUAGACACACACUCGUACAGACACACUUGCAUGCCUGGACGCACAUUCACACACGCUCGCGUGCGCGCGCACUCUCACACACGCGCGUGCCCGCACGCUCUCACACAGACAGACACUCGCGUGCCCGCGCGCUCUCACACAUGCGCGUGCCUGCACGCUCUCACACAGACAGACACUCGCGUGCCCGCGCACUCUCACACACUCGCGUGCCCGCACGCUCUCACACAGACAGACACUCGCGUGCCCGCGCGCUCUCACACACGCGCGUGCCUGCACGCUCUCACACAGACAGACACUCGCGUGCCUGCGCGCUCUCACACACACACUCGGGUGCCCGCACACUCUCACACACUCGCGUGCCUGCACGCUCUCACACAGACACACAAUCGCGUGCCCGCGCACCCUCACACACUCGCGUGCCUGCACGCUCUCACACAGACAGACACUCGCGUGCCUGCGUGCUCUCACACACACACUCGCGUGCCCGCACACUCUCACACACACACUCGCGUGCCCACGCACUCUCACACAGACACACUCGCCUGCACACUUUCACACAGACACACUCACAAGCACGCACCCUCUCACACACACACACUCGCGUGCCCGCGCACUCUCACACAGACACACUCGCCUGCACACGUUCACACAGACACACUCACAAGCACGCACCCUCUCACACACACACACUCGCGUGCCCGCGCACACUCUCACAGACACACUCUCGCGCGCACACACACUCACACAGACCCCGGCACCCCCAGCAGGGCUGUUUUGUGUCUGAAUGUCUGGUGGUCCCCUCUCCCUGCCCCACUUUUUCUCUCACCCUCCCUCCCACUCCCCCACCCUCCCUCCCUCUCUCUCUCCCCUUCCUCAGUCCCUUCCAUACCCCUUCCUCUCCUUCCUCCCUCACUCUCCCUGCAUUCCUCUCCCUCGCUCUGUCCCGCUGAGUUGGGUGUGAUGUGUCCUGCUCUCGCUCCUUUUGUACGGAACAAUCUGAUUUGUGGUUCAUUUUGUCUGAAAAUCGAGUAAAAUUUUGAUGAUUUGAA